AUGGCGUCCGCUUUCCAAAAUACGUGGCAGUCUGCGCUCGAAGCCGAAAGGAAGCUCAUGAAGAGCCUUGCUGAGAAAGAACCUACUUUCGCUGAGAUCUCGCAUUUCCUUUCGGAAUUCCGCGCUGCCUGCCAGAGUGCCAUCCUUCAGGAUUUCGAAACUGCUCGCUCCAUCGACGUGGAAACCCGUCUGUGGGAUGCACAUCUCAAAAUCAACACCCGGUUCCGUAAACUGCUCGCGCGCUUUCGUGAAGAGAAUGGGAAGAAAAAGAAGCCGGUAGAGAGACGAAAGCUCGAAAAACAUUACCUCGAAUUUAUCAAAUCGAGCCAGCGAUUCUACCGAGGGUACAUCCAGCAAUUGUCGUCGCAUUUCGGAGGUAUCCCAGAGCUUGAAAAAGUUGCGAGGAAGUUCAACUUUGACAAUUUAGCGGCGCAGCCUCCCGCACAGGCCGCAGAGAAUCUCCGGACGAGUGUCCUCUACUCGUGCCACUCGACCUUGAUCCGCCUUGGCGAUCUUUCCCGCUACCGCGAGACUGAGCUGGUGAGCAAGGAUCGCAACUGGGGCCCUGCCAUUGGCUAUUAUGACUUAGCUAUCGUUAUUUGGCCCGAGUCGGGUGCAUCACACAAUCAGUUGGCCGUGAUUGCCCUCGCUGACGGCAAUCACUUGAGAGCCACGUACCAUCUCUACAGGGCUCUAGCUGCACAAAAGCCCCAUCCGUCGGCUAAAGGUAACCUGGAAAUCGAGUUCAGAAAGGUCCGCAAUGCUUGGGCCAAGGGAGAAUUAAUCCCUUCUGAGGAUGCCGGAAUACCCGGGCGAGCGUUGGCUCCAUGGUUUGUGUAUCUUCAUGCGCAAUGCUAUCAAGGAACGGAUUUUCCCGAGCACGAUGAACUUGAAAGUGAAGUGCUGAACCAGCUUGCUGUUGAUCUGAAGGAACGUUCUCUCGAAGGCACGCUUCAAAAAUUUUGUCUUGUCAAUAUCGCUGCAGAGGACUUCUCCAGAACGCGCCCCGACGAAGAGUCAGUAUCCAAUGCCCGUCUUUUCUUCCAGCGGAUUAAUGUCAAAACUUUUUUCACCCUGCUUCAAAUUCUUUUAGCCGAGCUGGAAAAGUUCGCCGUUGAAGACUCGCUCAACAAAGAUAUGAAAAAUGGACCAGACAAGGUCACCGUUGUGGCUCGUCGUGUAUUACCGGCUCUGCGACACUAUAGCUCUUGGCUUCUCGUUGUCAGCCAUUUGCUCGUGGCACAUAAGGAAGAAAAAGAUACUCCUCUCGCCGUCCAAAUCACCGAAUUUUGGAAGAUUUAUGCCAAUACGCUCACUCUGCUCGCGUCAACAUUCGAUGUUGUUCACCUGCCGGAGAUUGACUACCUUUUGGAAGAGGACGAGGAGACUCUAGGGUUUGCGCCGCUCCACAAAGAUGCUACAUCUCGUCGAUAUAUGAGUGCAAAUGUGCAGCCGAAGCCCAGGAUGACUGACAUCGGAGUUGAAAGAAAUCAUCCUAACAUCGAAAUGCUUUAUCGGAUCCGCGAGUUUGUGAUUGACGGUCUCGAUCUGGUUGUGAGCAAUAAAGUCCCCAUAGCUCUUGUUGACGAUGAAGACAAGAAGACCUUCAUCUAUAAAGAGGAUGGUCUUCCAUCCCAAUUCUUCACCAGUCCCUCCGGCCAACACAACAGGCUCUCCACAACAGGUAUCGAACGGGAAGAAAUUCAGCGAGUGGCUCAGGAUGCCGCGCAAGUCGCCGAUUCAAGAAGCCUGUUUGGCGGUUCCCAAUCUGCAACUGCUUCGAUGUCCGCCAACAUGCAUCGUAUCGUUGAAGGUGUCGAACGACUUGUCGAGUCGGAUACUUAUGAGAAUGCUCCAUUACUUCCAGAUCAUAUAACUUUCCCACGAAGCACUGCCAAUCCACAGCCGAUUCCUAGCAAUUUUUUCGAAUCGAGCAUGAGUUCACCGUUCCGCGACGAGGAUACUCCUCCCCGUCACACUCCCAUGGCUCCGCCAGGACUCGGACUUUCUGCAGCAAACUCCACUGUCUUACCAGCAACUUCGUUAUCUCAGUCCUACACACCCCGCCCCACUCUUCCCACUAUCCCUUCCAUUUGGAGCGCCGGAUUGUCGCCUGACAUUGGCGCCACUUCCGCUCCAAGGACACCUCCAGGCCUGGAACAACAUUCCGGUCAAGUGAUGGGAAUGAGUAUCAAUGGUGCGGGCCCUCGUCAUGCGUCCCAAGAAAUGACCGCCAACGAGUUUAUCUACCGACAAACCCUUGGAGGUCAGAUUCCGUUGCACAAUUCUCUUAACGGGGCAAGCUCCAUGUCCAAUUGGAUAACUCCAUCAAGCCCUGCGGCUCCUCAGCGGUUUCCGGCGACAGGGUGGGAAAGAAAUACGGCCGUUGGAACGGGUUCCCCGACCUCGCUCGGAGUACCCAGCCAGCCCAUGUCAAGUGGCCUAGCCAACGCGUCGUGGGCCAACAAUGCUUUUCUGGCCAGCAGCUUGUCUUCCGGAGCAGGCUUCCCCAGCUCCGGGCACACUCCCAAUCGCAGAUCGGCUACCCAGUUUGGCGCCAUCGGGCAGACGCCUUCCUACGGUCAUGGUGGGUGA